GUCUGCUGCCGCCUUCCCACUUCUGGUCUCAGGCCCCCAAAAUGGCGAGUGAGGCUGCCGGGACUCGCUGAGCCGCGGAGGCUGAGCCGCCGCGGCCCUCACAGCCCGGAGCGCCGCCGUAGGGAACAUGCACUUUUCUAUUCCUGAAACCGAGUCCCGCAGUGGGGACAGCGGCGGCUCCGCCUACGUGGCCUAUAACAUUCACGUGAAUGGAGUCCUGCACUGUCGGGUGCGCUACAGCCAGCUCCUGGGGCUGCACGAGCAGCUCCGGAAGGAGUAUGGGGCCAAUGUACUUCCUGCAUUCCCCCCAAAGAAGCUCUUCUCCCUGACACCUGCAGAGGUAGAACAGAGGAGAGAACAGUUAGAGAAGUACAUGCAAGCUGUUCGGCAAGACCCACUACUUGGGAGCAGUGAAACCUUCAACAGUUUCCUUCGUCGGGCCCAACAGGAGACACAGCAGGUCCCCACAGAGGAGGUCUCCUUGGAGGUGCUGCUCAGCAAUGGACAGAAAGUUCUGGUCAGUGUUCUAACUUCAGAUCAGACAGAAGAUGUCCUGGAUGCUGUGGCUGCAAAGUUGGAUCUUCCAGAUGACUUGAUCGGAUACUUCAGUCUUUUCCUUGUUCGAGAAAAAGAAGAUGGAGGCUUUUCUUUUGUACGGAAGUUGCAGGAAUUUGAGCUGCCUUAUGUAUCUGUUACCAGUCUUCGGAGUCAAGAGUAUAAGAUUGUGCUAAGGAAGAGUUAUUGGGACUCUGCGUAUGAUGAUGAUGUCAUGGAGAACCGGGUUGGCCUGAACCUGCUUUAUGCUCAGACAGUGUCAGAUAUUGAGCGUGGGUGGAUCCUGGUCACCAAAGAACAGCAUCGACAGCUCAAAUCUCUGCAAGAGAAAGUCUCUAAGAAGGAGUUCCUGAGGCUGGCCCAAACCCUGAGGCACUAUGGCUACCUGCGCUUCGAUGCCUGUGUAGCUGACUUUCCAGAAAAGGAUUGUCCUGUGGUGGUCAGCGCAGGAAACAGUGAACUCAGCCUUCAGCUCCGCCUGCCUGGCCAACAACUUCGGGAAGGCUCCUUCCGGGUUACCCGUAUGCGGUGCUGGCGGGUCACCUCCUCUGUGCCACUGCCCAGUGGAGGCACAAGCAGUCCAGGCCGGGGCCGGGGCGAAGUGCGUCUGGAAUUGGCUUUUGAAUACCUCAUGAGCAAGGACCGGCUACAGUGGGUCACCAUCACCAGCCCUCAGGCUAUCAUGAUGAGCAUCUGCUUGCAAUCCAUGGUGGAUGAGCUGAUGGUGAAGAAAUCUGGGGGCAGUAUUAGAAAGAUGCUGCGCCGGCGGGUGGGAGGCACCCUGAAACGCUCAGACAGUCAGCAAGCAGUGAAGUCCCCACCCCUGCUUGAGUCACCUGAUGCCAGCCGGGAAUCCAUGGUGAAACUCUCAAGCAAGCUGAGUGCCGUGAGCUUGCGGGGGAUUGGCAGUCCCAGCACAGAUGCCAGUGCCAGUGAUGUCCAUGGCAAUUUCGCCUUCGAGGGCAUUGGAGAUGAGGAUCUGUAAUCUCCACUGCUUGGAUGUCUACCCUCUACCCCAGAGGAAAUUUAUAGAAACUUGCCCGUGCCUGUGCUCCCAAGUUAGGAGGCUUCCUACUUCUCCAUUUUUCCUCUUGGCCAGGGGCCUCCUAAUUUACCUGCCCUUCCCCCGUGGGCUGGCUACACAAAGAAUCACCUCUUUUUCAGAGUUAGCCCUUGAUGCCAAAUUAGCAUUUAGUAUUUUGCACAAAGUCCAAGGGACCAUGGCUACCUGCCCUGGAGAUGAACAGCUCUCCUUGGGCUGCUUCUGGCUACUUAAGGCCUGGCCAUGGGCAAGAGAAUGGGCAGGUCUGUGAAUGGUCUGACCCAACUCCCCAUCAUUAAACUCCGCCUGACUGCUGCCUA